UGCUGUGUGCGACAACACAAAAAAUAGUGAUUUCGCUUUUGAUCAUAGAAUUUUUUUCAACAACCAUACAAAUGGAAUCUGAACAGGAAUCAAAUUUAGAUUCUAAUAUUCAAAAAUUUAUCUCUAUUCUUCGUCAAUUUGAUUAUUCAUCGUAUAUUGGACCUCAAAAAGAAUUGGUCUGUUUUUGUGAACGUAAUUUCCAUAUGACAGAUUUAUAUGUGAUUGAACAGUUCAUUCGUCAAAUGAAUUAUUAUUCACAUAUUGAUAUCGAUACGGAAAGUGCCAAUGAAAUACUACAAAGACUUUCAUCUAAUCUGGAAGAAAAUUUCAAACAAGCAAUCGUGAAGAAUUUAUUGGCCAUGAAAUUAGAUAAACAACACCAACAGUCACAUGCAUUGAUCACCUCCGUCAAACAUGUUGAAUGUAAACGUCUAGAUUCCGAAAACAAUCAGUUCCUGAUAAAUUUUGAUACCAACAAUCCUAAUGUCGAUAAUAAUGAAACAAAUGGUCAGCUGUCUUUUGUUAUGAAUAGAGAACAAAUGAAAAAUAUCUGUGAUGAAAUGGACAAAAUUCGUCAGCAAUUAUUCAAUUCGGUUGAAUAGAAAUGAUCAUGCUUUUUUCCAAA